UGUUGAAUCAUGUUAAAUCAUAUCAUCGUCUCCGCCUUCAAACUCACCUGACGACUUUCUGCACCUGUCCGAGGCCCCGCCCACCGAUGACGUCACAGAAACCGGAGUUUCAGGCUCGGGACAGAAACACCUGGACGCUGAGGCCGAAGCAGCAGCAGGAUGACGAUGGCGGAGGCGGCGGCUCCAGAUCCCUUCUCAGAGCAGGAGUUGACCUGCUCCAUCUGUCUGGACCUGUUCAGUGAACCAGUCACGACUCCCUGUGGACACAACUUCUGUCAGGCGUGUAUCGGAGGUUACUGGGCGUCCAGUCCGCUCUGCACGUGUCCUCUGUGUAAACAGCAGUUCCAUGAACGACCUCAGCUCAGCGUCAACAGAGUCUUCGCUCUCAUCGCAGAUAAUUACAAACUGACUCAUUACGGAGCGGCGGGGUUACCGAUGAACGGCGACACAAAGACGGUCACCAACACCAACAGCACCAACCCGUUUGUGACGGUGGCGGCGGCGGCGGCGGCCGUGUGGUGUGACGUCUGUACAGGUGUUAAACAACCUGCCGUCAGCUCCUGUCUCACCUGCACUGCCUCCUACUGCACUGAGCAUGUGCGGCCACAUGAGAUCGUUCCCUUCUACUCCAAACACCCACUGCUGGACCCGCAGGAGGCGCUCAGGGGCCGCACCUGCGCCGCACACCGCCGCCUGCUGGAGGUUUUCUGUCGGACGUGUCAGAGAUGCAUCUGCGCCAUUUGUGUCCUGGAGGAACAUCGGACGCACAAAACGGUUUCUGUCCAGACGGAGAGACUCAGCAAACAGAAACAGGUGGCGAGGACGGAGCAGGAAAUCCUGAACCGGAUCAGAGAGCGAGAGAUUCACGUGAGCGACCUGAAGAGGAAACUGGAGGCAGUGAAGAACUACGCAGAAGGAGAACAAGGAGAUGUCGAACACCUGCUGAACGAGGUGUCAGACGCCCUGGACCAGAUCCGGACUCAGGUGGUGGGCGGGAUCCAGAACCAGCUGGACGCCGUCAUGUCAAAGGGGGGCGGACUGGUGAGCCGUCUGGAGGCGGAGCUUGGCCAGCUGAUGGACAGGAGGGCCACGCUGGAGGUCCAGGCCAUCAGUCAGGAUCACAUCGGCUUCCUCCAGAGUUUCGAGGAGGCCACAGCUCCGCUGGCCGAGAGUCGGCGGGACGACGUGGACGAAGACUCUGAGUUUUCUCUCCACUUCCCGCUGGUGGAGGUGAAGAGCUCCCUGAGCGAGGUGAAGGACAAGAUGGACGACAUCCGGAUGGGGGUCCGCCCCCGCAGCACCAGAGGCUCCUUCUCGUCCACGGACCUGACGGCUGCGGAGAGCAUGCUGAGUCUGAGGGGCGGAGCCAGUGUGAGGCGGAGCCAGUGGAGUCUGAGAGAUAUGAAGAAGAUUAAACCGGUCUCAGGACAUAAAAAGGCUAGAGUCUACACGGAGGACGUGACCUUGAACCCGGUCACAGCCUACCCGUUCCUCAUCCUGUCUGAAGACAGGAAGCAGGUGAAGAGAGGAGAGAAGCUUCAGUUCUACAGAAACAGUCCACACAGGUUCGAUGUCUGGUCCUGUGUCAGUGCCAAGGAGGGGUUCAGCUCGGGACGACACUACUGGGAGGUGUUCGUUGGGGAGAACAAGGACUGGAAAGUGGGCGUGGUCAGCGAGUCAGCUCAGAGGAAAGGUCUGUUCGACAUGAGUCCCUCUAACGGAUACUGCGCCAUCUGGUGGAGUGGCAGUCAACUGCGUGCGCUCACUGCUCCGCCUCUCACCAAGGUGAAGAAUCCUCCGAGGCUCCGUCAGGUCGGCGUCUUCCUGGACGUGGACGUUGGUCAAGUGUCCUUCUACAACGUCAAGUCGGGAUCAGAGAUCUACAGCUUCAUGGGCUCGUCCGAGUUCACCGAGAGGAUGUUUCCUCUGCUGGGGACCGGAGACAAGGAGGUUCCCCUGGUCCUCAUGAGCACCAAGCUGAGCUGAGGGGGGGUCAGAUCUCUGACCACUUUUCUCUUUAAUUCUCACAAGAUACAAAUCGAUCAGUUUAUUGAUGAAUGUUUGUUUUAAUUUCCUCACGACUUCCUGUUCGAUUCGAGAAACUGUAAAAAAAAUAAAUUAAAAAAAAAUACCGAAACUUAA